AUGCGUCACCUAGUUGGAUCUGGUAAGACUAUGCUGAUCUCCCUUGUGAUUGACUCGCUCGCAAAAGAACGAGAAUGCGGCAAAGACACUACUUGUGUUUAUUUUUAUUUCCAAGAGGGAGAUAAGCGCCACGUAUCGUUUGCGUGUAUAUGGGCGACUUUGUUAAUACAGCUGCUAUGGGCGUCGAGCGAGCUGAAAGGAGAAUUAAAAACGGAAUUCGACUACUCGCUCCAAGGAUCGACUCCACUCGAUUCAUAUGCGUAUUUAGAGCUCUUUAAAUCCCGGGCUGCCACCGUAAAGACAGUUUACCUAGUCAUCGAUGCUUUGGAUAACUGUCAGAAUACCCCCGAAGAAGAGACACAGCAAAAAAUGCGAGAUGCUCUCAAAGCACUUCCGGAUAAUAUACGGGUUCUCUUCACCUCCAGAGACGACUCGUUUGAUUUGGGGGUGGCAGCAAAUCGGAAGCUGCUCAUCACGCUGAAAGCACGGGACGUAGAGACCUACGUAAAGAAGCGGAUCGAGGACAACAAUAUUCUGAGAAUCGUUUUGAAAGAUGACCAGAAACGAAAGCUCGUUAUAGACAAAGUUACCGCUAUCACCUUAUCAAGUAACAUGUUCCUGUCAGCCAGGCUCUACAUGGAUGAACUGAGCAAACGGAGGAUAUUUGCCGACAUCAAGAAAGCGCUGGGCGAACUUCCUGACAGCGCAUUCAAGAUCUUUGAUGAAUCGGCAAGGCAAAUAGCCCAGAAAAUCAACCUAGGAAGCAAUGAUUCCAAAGGUUGCCUGAUUAAGCAUAUUCUCACCUGGGUGAUAUGUGCAAAGACGGAAUUGACUGCUGAGCAAAUUUGCGAUAGCUUCGCCAUACAAAAGAGCGGUGGACAGCCUUACCAGGACAAUCGACCUAGCGAAGAACUUCUUGUGCCUGUUUGCGAUGGAUUGGUCGUCAUGGACCCGAAGAAUAGGAUACUCAGUCUUGUCCACAAGUCGGUACAGACGUAUUUGCAGAAGCAUGGCAUUAUACCAGAAAAUGCAGAUAUCGAGAUAGCCAAGAAAUGUCUAUAUUGCCUCUUGAUUGAUACAGACGACCAAGAAGUCGAACCUUCGCUGCUCCAAUAUGCCGCAAAAUAUUGGUGGGCGCAUCUUGGCUGCCAGGGACAAGCCGACUCAGAGGCGGAUUCGUUGGCAUUGAAGUUUCUUGGGGACAGCUCCAAGCUGGCUAGAGCAUUCAAGGCCAUAGAAGGCACCGACAACGGCGCUUUUGACUACAUGACGGGCUUGCACGCCACGGUGCACUUUGACCUUCUAUCCUGGGCAGAGCGCCUCCUCAGAGAGGAUACCGACAUCAACGCUCAGUGUUCGGACGGCCAGACGGCCGUACACUGGGCGGUUAGGUACGGGCGAUGCAAACUUCUAGAGCUAUUCAUUGAUAAAUUGGCGGAACUAAACAUACGCGAUAACGCCGGCGACACGCCACUCCACAAAGCUCUCAUGAGGCCAAGCGCCGACAAGAUGCCACUUCACCAAGCCAUCAUGAAGUCGGAAGCCGACGACGAAAAUAUAGUGAAAGCACUAGUUGCCAAGGGCAACGCACGGUUGGAUAUCGGAAACACUAGGGGUAUCUCGCCAAUGUUGUCGGCCAUUCGCUACGGGCCUACGUCAAUAGCCAAAAUCAUGGUUGAGAGCCAGAAGGAUGUUGAUGCUGAGAUCUUCGAUGGUUGGACCUCACUGAGGCAGGUCUUCUAUCAUGGCCAGGACAUCGUCGAAAGCGGCGUAGCGAGCCAAGGGGAUCGCCGGGCGGGGGUUAAAGGAUGGGCUCAGCUGCAGCACGCAGUUGGGAACCACGCCCGCUCUCUGGUCGACAUAUUGCUCGAGCGCGGCGUGAAUCUGAAUCGUCCCUCGGCCGUAGAUGGGUGGACACCUCUCGAGCACGCGGCCAAGACCGGCGAUUUGUCUAAGAUAAGCCGACUGUUGAUGCGGCAGCCCAACCCAGCCGACGUCCACCUGCAGGACCGGCAGGGGAAACCACCCCUGUGGUGGGCCGUCUCGUACAAAAGCGCCGCUGCAGUUCAGUUGCUGGUCAAGCACGGCGCCAACGUCAAUGAGAUAUACAACGAUAAAUCAACGCCGCUAUCCAAAAGUGUUCAGAUGAAAGAUAGCGAUAUGGUGCAACUGCUUAUUAGGUUGGGGGCCGACGUGAACAUGAGGAUAGAAAACGGCUCAACGCUUCUGAUCGAGGCCAUCAAGCAUGGCGACAAAGACACAGCCUGGAUGCUGUUGAAUGCGAAUGCGGCGUUGGACGAAACGGAUAUGCAGCAUGCCCUUGAACUGGCCAUAAUUUACGACAAUCUCUCAAUAGCGUGGUUGCUCUAUGAGCACGGUGCUUCACUAAGCGCUGCGAACGGCACUGGGUCAACUCCAUUGCAUGAAGCCGCUAAGAGACGGAAUUACAAAGCUGCGCAGUUCCUCGUAGAACGUGGCGGAACCAUUGACACUAAGGACGCCGAUGGCUCGACGCCAUUACACUACGCCGUACGGGUUAACCAUGACGAUCUAACGGACCUAUUAGCUUCGCAAAUGCUGCGGUCGUCGCGGAAGUCGGGGCUCGAUAUCACCGACAAACAGGGCAACACGGCGCUCAUACUAGCCAUCCUUAAUCAGCGACCGGUUGCCGUGCAGUCAUUGCUCCAGUAUGGUGCCUCGUGCAAUGUUGCCGACCCGAAAGGUCUGACGGCGCUACACCAUGCUGCCCAUUUGGGAUUUAAGGAGGGACUAAAUCAAAUGGUGGACAAAAAGUUCGACGGCAACCCCAACGCAACAGAUAAUAAGGGUUUUACGCCGCUCCACCACGCGGUAAAUGGCGGGGGUGCCGACCCGGAGACGGUGCGGAUAUUAGUGAGGGCGGGCGCUAAUAUGGAGGCACAAGACAACGACGGGCGGACGCCGCUGAUGCUAGCUGCUCAGCUAGGCUGCGAAGGGUUAGCGCACAGCCUCCUAUGCGAAGGGGCUGAUGCUCAAACACGGAACAAAACCGAGCACACAGCCUUCUCCUAUGCGAAGAAUUUCCCUAGCAUUCGAAGGCUUCUCAACGAGGCCCAUCCGUCAAGAAAACCGCCGGAUUACUAUGGAAGGUAA